AAGGCGGGCCCUCGGCUGCGAGAUAGUUGGGGGGAGGGGCGGGAAGAGCCCGAGCGCUGGAGUUGGUGCUGGGAAACCCGGGGCUAAUGUUGACAACAGGCUCGAGGUUGUCUUGGGUCACAUAAUGCCAGCUGAGCGUAAAAAGCCAGCAAGUAUGGAAGAAAAAGACUCUUUACUAAACAACAAGGAAAAAGACUGCAGUGAAAGGCGGCCAGUGAGCAGCAAGGAGAAGCUAAAAGAUGAUCUCAAGCUCACUGUCAAGAAGGAGGUCAGCAAGGCCCCUGAAGACAAGAAGAAGAGACUGGAAGAUGAUAAGAAAAAAAAGGAAGACAAGGAGCGCAAGAAAAAAGAAGAAGAAAAGGUGAAGGCAGAGGAAGAAUCAAAGAAAAAAGAGGAGGAAGAAAAAAAGAAACAUGAAGAAGAAGAGAGAAAAAAGGAAGAACAGGUAAAACGUCAGCAAGAAGAAGAAGCUGCUCAGUUGAAAGAGAAGGAAGAAUCCCUUCAGCUUCAUCAGGAAGCUUGGGAAAGACAUCAAUUAAGAAAGGAACUUCGUAGCAAAAACCAAAAUGCUCCAGACAACCGACCAGAGGAAAAUUUCUUUAGCCGCUUAGACUCAAGUUUGAAGAAAAAUACUGCUUUUGUCAAGAAAUUAAAAACUAUUACGGAACAACAGAGAGACUCCUUGUCCCAUGAUUUUAAUGGCCUAAAUUUAAGCAAAUACAUUGCAGAAGCUGUAGCUUCUAUUGUGGAAGCGAAACUAAAAAUCUCUGAUGUAAACUGUGCUGUGCACCUGUGCUCUCUUUUUCACCAGCGGUACGCUGACUUUGCCCCGUCACUUCUUCAGGUCUGGAAAAAACAUUUUGAAGCAAGGAAAGAGGAGAAAACGCCUAACAUUACCAAGUUAAGAACUGAUUUGCGUUUCAUCGCAGAAUUGACAAUAGUUGGGAUUUUCACUGAUAAGGAAGGUCUUUCCUUAAUCUAUGAACAGCUAAAAAAUAUUAUUAAUGCUGAUCGAGAAUCCCACACUCAUGUUUCUGUGGUGAUUAGUUUCUGUCGACAUUGUGGAGAUGAUAUUGCUGGACUUGUACCGAGGAAAGUAAAGAGUGCAGCAGAGAAGUUUAAUUUGAGUUUUCCUCCUAGUGAGAUAAUUAGUCCAGAGAAACAACAGCCUUUCCAGAAUCUUUUAAAAGAGUACUUUACGUCUUUGACCAAACACCUGAAAAGGGACCACAGGGAGCUCCAGAAUACUGAGAGACAAAACAGGCGUAUUCUACAUUCUAAAGGGGAGCUAAGUGAAGAUAGACAUAAACAGUAUGAGGAAUUUGCCAUGUCUUAUCAGAAGCUGCUGGCAAAUUCUCAGUCCUUAGCAGACCUUUUGGAUGAAAAUAUGCCAGAUCUUCCUCAAGACAAACCAACACCAGAAGAGCAUGGACCUGGAAUUGAUAUAUUUACACCUGGUAAACCUGGAGAGUAUGACUUGGAGGGUGGUAUAUGGGAAGAUGAAGAUGCUCGGAAUUUUUAUGAGAACCUCAUUGAUUUGAAAGCUUUUGUUCCAGCCAUCUUGUUUAAAGACAAUGAAAAAAGUUGUCAGAAUAAAGAGUCCAACAAAGAUGAAUCCAAAGAGGCAAAAGAAUCCAAGGAUAAUAAGGAGGUAUCAAGUCCUGAUGAUUUGGAACUCGAAUUGGAGAAUCUAGAAAUUAAUGAUGAUACCUUGGAGUUAGAGGGUGGAGAUGAAGCUGAAGAUCUUACAAAGAAACUUCUUGAUGAACAAGAACAAGAAGAUGAAGAAGCCAGCACUGGAUCUCAUCUCAAGCUCAUAGUAGAUGCUUUCCUUCAGCAGUUGCCCAACUGUGUCAACCGAGAUCUGAUAGACAAGGCAGCAAUGGAUUUUUGCAUGAACAUGAACACAAAAGCAAAUAGGAAAAAGUUGGUACGGGCACUCUUCAUAGUUCCAAGACAAAGGUUGGAUUUGCUACCAUUUUAUGCAAGAUUGGUUGCUACAUUGCAUCCCUGCAUGUCUGAUGUAGCAGAGGAUCUUUGUUCCAUGCUGAGGGGGGAUUUCAGAUUUCAUGUACGAAAAAAGGACCAGAUCAAUAUUGAGACAAAGAACAAAACUGUUCGUUUUAUUGGAGAACUAACUAAGUUUAAGAUGUUCACAAAAAAUGAUACACUUCAUUGUUUAAAGAUGCUUCUGUCAGACUUUUCUCAUCACCAUAUUGAAAUGGCAUGUACCCUCCUGGAGACAUGUGGACGGUUUCUUUUCAGAUCUCCAGAAUCUCACCUGAGGACCAGUGUACUUUUGGAGCAAAUGAUGAGAAAGAAACAAGCAAUGCAUCUUGAUGCAAGAUACGUUACAAUGGUGGAGAAUGCGUAUUACUACUGCAACCCUCCGCCAGCGGAAAAAACAGUGAAAAAGAAACGCCCCCCUCUCCAGGAAUAUGUCCGGAAACUUUUGUACAAGGAUCUUUCUAAGGUUACCACCGAGAAGGUUUUGAGACAGAUGAGAAAGUUGCCCUGGCAGGACCAAGAAGUGAAAGACUAUGUUAUUUGCUGUAUGAUAAACAUCUGGAAUGUGAAGUAUAAUAGUAUUCAUUGUGUAGCCAACCUCUUAGCAGGACUGGUGCUCUACCAAGAAGAUGUUGGGAUCCAUGUUGUAGAUGGCGUUUUAGAAGAUAUUCGAUUAGGAAUGGAGGUUAAUCAGCCUAAAUUUAAUCAGAGGCGUAUCAGCAGUGCCAAGUUCUUAGGGGAACUUUAUAAUUACCGAAUGGUGGAAUCGGCUGUUAUUUUCAGAACUCUUUAUUCUUUUACUUCAUUUGGUGUUAACUCUGAUGGUUCUCCAAGUUCAUUGGACCCUCCUGAGCAUCUUUUCAGAAUUAGACUAGUAUGCACUAUUUUGGAUACCUGUGGCCAGUACUUUGACAGAGGUUCCAGUAAACGAAAACUUGAUUGCUUCCUUGUAUAUUUUCAGCGUUACGUUUGGUGGAAGAAAAGUUUGGAGGUUUGGACAAAAGACCAUCCAUUUCCUAUUGAUAUAGAUUACAUGAUCAGUGAUACACUAGAACUGCUGAGACCAAAGAUCAAACUCUGUAAUUCUCUGGAAGAAUCCAUCAGGCAGGUACAUGACUUGGAACAAGAAUUCUUAAUAAAACUAGGCCUAGUAAAUGACAAAGAUUCGAAAGAGUCUAUGACAGAAGGAGAAAAUAUUGAAGAGGACGAAGAAGAAGAAGAGGGGGGAGCUGAAACUGAAGAGCAAUCUGGAAAUGAAAGUGAAGUAAAUGAACCAGAAGAAGAGGAGGGUUCUGAUAAUGAUGAUGAUGAAGGAGAGGAAGAAGAGGAAGAGAAUACAGAUUACCUUACCGAUUCCAAUAAAGAGAAUGAAACUGAUGAAGAGAAUACUGAGGUAAUGAUUAAAGGAGGUGGACUUAAGCAUGUACCUUGUGUAGAAGAUGAGGACUUCAUUCAAGCUCUGGAUAAAAUGAUGCUAGAAAAUCUUCAG